AUGGAGGGCUCAGGGGGACAGAUGGCCGAGAGGAAGAUCCUGGUACUGUUUGGAAGUCAGACAGGGACAGCGGAGGAUAUGGCGGACAGGAUUGGUAGAGAAGCCCGGCGGAGACACUUUGCCUGCAGAGUGGAAGCUUUAGAUAGCUACAGCGUGGUGAAUCUCAUUCGUGAAACACUAGUCAUCUUUGUGUGUGCAACAACGGGACAAGGUGACCCACCAGAUAAUAUGAGGAACUUCUGGAGGUUUAUUUUCCGCAGAAACCUUCCUCAGAAUUCCCUGUGUCGGAUGGAUUAUGCUGUUCUGGGUCUUGGAGAUUCUUCCUAUCCAAAGUUCAACUUUAUUGCCAAGAAACUACACAAGCGGCUUCUCCAACUGGGUGCCAACCCAAUUCUGUCACCUGCUCUAGGAGAUGAUCAGCACGAUCUGGGUCCAGAUGCUGCAGUGGAUCCAUGGCUGAAAAAUCUAUGGAAUAAGGUCCUCUCUCUGUAUCCCUUACCUCCUGGUAUCAGCAUAAUCAGUGAGGAUAUCAGGUUACCUCCAAAGUUUAUUCUCCGUUUUUUGGACCAAGAAGUAGUAACGGAGGAUGGUAUUGUAGAGAAAGUUGAUGCUCAUGAGAUUCCAACAGAAUUACACCCAUUCCAAGCUUCAUUGGUGUCCAACCAGCAAGUAACUGCAGCUGAUCACUUCCAGGAUGUGAGGCUAAUUGAGUUUGAUAUUAGCGGGUCUGGCAUUCAGUUUUCUCCUGGGGAUGUGGUGAUGAUCCAGCCACAGAAUUCCUUGCAGGAUGUGGAGAAAUUCUGUACUCUUCUUCAGCUUGAUCCAAAGAGACUGUUUCUUGUGGAGCCCCAAAAUUCAGACACUCCACUUCCCCCACAGUUACCCCAGCCAUGCACAGUGCGCUAUCUAGUGGAAAGGUAUCUGGAUAUCUGCUGUGUACCUCGCCGCUCCUUCUUUCAGCUGCUUUCCUACUUCUCAAUGGAUGAACAAGAGAGGGAAAAGCUACAGGAAUUCAGCUCUUCUGCUGGGCAAGAUGAAUUGUAUACCUAUUGCAACCGGCCCCGGCGCACCACCCUGGAAGUCCUGGUGGAUUUCCCACACACCACCUGCAACAUUCCAGUUGACUACCUCCUGGACCUCAUUCCUCGCAUCCGUCCCAGGGCUUUCUCCAUUGCCUCCUCCUUACAGGCCCAUCCAGACAGAUUGCAAAUCCUGAUGGCUGUAGUUCAGUAUAGAACCAGAUUACAAGAACCUCGUCGAGGCCUGUGCUCAACAUGGUUGGCUUCUCUCAAUCCCAGCGGUGGAGUACGGAUCCCCCUUUGGGUUAAAAAAGGUAGUUUAAAGUUCCCAAGCGACCCAGACACCCUGAUGAUAAUGGUGGGACCUGGAACCGGAGUAGCCCCCUUCCACGCCGCCAUUGAAGAAAGGGCAGCUCUUAAAAAGACAGGCAGCUGUUUGUUCUUUGGCUGCAGAGGGAAGAACAAAGAUUUCUAUUUCCAUGGAGAAUGGACAGAUCUGGAGAAGAGAGGAAUCCUGACGCUGUUCACAGCAUUCAGUCGUGACCAGGAGGAUAAGAUUUAUGUCCAACAUCGAAUUAGGGAAAAUGCAGCAUAUGUUUGGGACCUGAUCAAUACAAAACAAGCCUACUUCUACCUCGCCGGAAACGCUAAAUCAAUGCCAACACAAGUGACAGAUGCUCUGAAAGAAGUCUUCCAGAAGGAGGGCACCAUGUCCUCGGAGGAGGCUGAACAGUAUCUGAUCAUGCUGGAGAAAAGUGGUCGUUACCAGGCAGAGACUUGGUCUUAG